GCCCAUAGCAGCGUACAUAGAAAAGUUAUGAUAUUUUGCACGCUUAUAAAGGAAUGUCCAAAAAGUCUCCACAGCCAAUUUGGAGUCUUAAUCUCUAACCCGCUAGCGCCACCAACAGUCCAAAGUUGCACUUAUGUUUUUGCUUAUAACUUUUGAUCCAUAAGUCCUAUAAACAAAAUUCUUGCUUCCUCUGAUUCCUUGGCUCAAGACGAUUCGAUUGGACCCUAUGACGUCAUUUUCCGUCAUGAAAAAUUUUCCGCCAUUUUGAAUUAUUCGUAAAACCUACUUUUGCGAACUCGUCCUAGAGCUUUUGCCCGAUUGCCACGAAAAUCAGUAUGCAGCAUCUAUAGACACUCAAGGCAAAAAGUUAUUAAAAGAAUUUUGAUAAACCAAUCCGUUGUCGUGUAGCGCAUCAACAAAUUUUAAGUAGAGCCCCAAAAAACAGGUUUUAGUCUGUAUCUUCGGCAAUCUUAUGCCUAUUGACACGACACUUGAUAGUUGUGAUGCCAGUCAGGAACUGAGUGUGCAUGCGCCGUUUCGUCGCAGCGCCACCUAGUGGUCAUACUUAUGCUUACAUGCCUGUAACUUUGGCUCUGAUCGGUGUUUUUUCACGGGACUUGUUUCCCUGAAGUCCUGAAUAGUUGCCAAGUCCAACGAUACCAAACAUGCCAGAAUUCGCCUUACAGUUAACCCUGCGCAGCAAAAUAUCCCUUAAAAAACACGUGUGAAUAUCUCCGUGAGCGUUUUUCCGAUCGACUCGAAAACACCAUAGGAAGAAACUAACCUUACCUUCUGAACAAAAAGUUCUAUAGGCAUUAUAUUAAAACAAAUGGUAAUAACUUCGUAAAGCGAAGAGAUUUUUUCACCAUAUUUGAUACGCUGAUGUACGACCACAGUCUGAGGCUACACAAAAAAAAGUUGUAUGCUUGAACCACUAGUUGGCCUUAUAAUUGAACAAAACCUUUGAAAUCAAGCCACCCUAUGGUCAUACAACUGUUUCUUCACUAAACUAAAGUGUAUAGUCAUAAAACUACCUAGAUGUAACACAGUUAUGACCUGAGGUUGCAUGCACAACUUUGUCAUUGCGCCACCUAGUGGUUUUGAGAUAGAAAUAUGGUAUUUUUGCCUAAACCUACUGCAAUAACACAUCUAAAACCACGAGUCAUCAUGGAUUAUUCCUUUCAUGGCUUUGCCUAUGAUCACUGGUGGUUGCCAAUUCACUCCCUAGCAACCAUUGAGAAUACCUUAUUAACCGUUUUUGCAAAAGCUAUAUCUCUGCAUCAGAACAUUGUAGAGACACGGGGAUGGUCUCUUUUGACUAAUGAAACUUGUUAUAACAUGAUGUGACCCAUGUUUUGCCACUGCAAACACCACUCACAUGUCCUUCAGUGCUCUAAUGUUCCAUGAUUGUCAAUAACAGAAGGACGAUUGCAGUAGACAAGAACUUAGAUUAUGUUUGUGGAUAACUUUUUUGUUUUUUCAUCUAAAUUUAUUAGGUUUACUUAGGUUCUUCAAUCUGCUUAUCCAAUCUCAAUUUUACAUCCUUUUGUGCCCUUUUCGGCUUGACCCCGGCAUUGCUGCUUGCAGCUAUAUUUUAUUUUGCUGUUAUUAAAAAUUUGAAUCAUACAUAAACUAGUUUUGUUUUCCUCUUCCACAGCAUGCCAUGCAGGGCUCUACAGUCUUGUAGGAAAAAUGGUAGCUGUAUGUUUAAUUCAUGGUGGUGUUGCACCCCAUUUUUUCUCUGAAAGAUUAUUCAACUGGGUCUGUGGAAAUUCAACAGAACCUCCAACUCUUUCAGAUAUUGGAGACCAAGAUGUCCAAGACCGACUGCAAAAAAUUAAAAAUGCAGAGACAAUAUCUCAGGCAAGAGAAGCAAUAAUUCAGGCUUCUGAGACACGGUGCUGGGUACAAUGCGCCACAUUAACUCCAUGGAUGAGAGGGACAGUCUCGUAAUGCAGUGUAUUCAGCAGUUUGUGGAAGGAGUUCUGAGGGGAUAUCAAGAAUUUAUGGCAGGUUUGAGCACACUCGGACUUGCUGAGGCAAUAAAAGCUCAUCCGGCACAGUUCAAACCGUUAUUUGUGGAAAACACACAGCAGCUCAGUGCACAGGAUUUGAUGGACUUAUUUCAGCCAGUGCUUUCCAGUCUAGGGAGCAAUCGUCGAAGAGAGGAAAGCAGAGUGCUUUGCUACUGGAGAGACUGGCUAAUUGAUAUAGAAGGUGGAGAAUGUGCAAACCUCAAUCUUGAGGAUAUCCUUAUUUUUGUGUCUGGACUAUCCAAAAUUCCUCCACUUGGAUUUACAAUUCAACCCCCCUUGGAAUUUUUACAUCCAAUAAACAAUCAAGCCAAGCCUCUUCCAGAGGCCAAUACAUGUAGUGUAGUUCUUCGACUACCUAUACAUAACACUUAUACUGAGUUUAGGUUCUGGAUGGAAUCUGGAAUAAUUCAGGCCCUGACAUUUGGACUGGCUUAGUGUCAAUUGCUGACAAAUAUUCAAUUAAUGCUGUUUGUGUUAGCAUAUGCAUUCUUUAUUCACAUUUGGUGGAGGUGUGUGUCAGUCAAUUUAUGCUGUUACUGACUGCACGUUAUUUUGGUGUCUGUUUCCAGAAAUUUCGACAUCCAUG